AUGUACUCCCCAAUCCAGCUCGCGACUGUUGCUCUGCUCGUUCUUAGCUCUGUAGCCAAUGCCUUCCCAGGUGCUACCACGCCAGACUCAUACGGCAAGACGACCACUUCCACCAAGGACACUUGCUCCAAGAGCACUGGCUACAGCACGAAGACCGCUUACUCCACUAUCACAAACGUCAACACCAUCACUACCCAGGUGCCAUACACAAAGUAUACGACGAUUGUGGACAAGGAGACCAAGACCAUCCCGACAGUCAUCGUAACAACUAUCAAGAAGCCUACCACAGUCACCUCCACCGUUACGAAGGACGUUGUCGUGACAAAACUGACGACCAGCGUUACCAAGAUCCCAGUUGUUGAGACUUCGUAUUCCACAAAGGUCAUCACGACCAAGUUCCCUGUUGUUGUCACCAAGACCAAGGAGAAGUCCACCGUCAUCUCCAAGCCAGUCACCACGCAUACCACCUACCCAACUACCAUUGUCAAGGACGGUGUCGUCACCUCGAAAUACACUAGCACAAUCACCAAAGUCGUUACCGAGACCCAAACCAAAGCUAUCACUGACAAGACCAAGAGCGUCAUCAAGACCACCCAGCUCUCCACCAAGGCCUACCGGACCAAGACUCCAUUCACCACGACUGUCUGUGGACCAAAGGGUUACAUGGAGUAA